AAAAAACAAGAUGGAGCGCACGCGAGUUUAUUAAGGGGGAAUUAUUUCUUGGCAGCGAGCGGGCGCAGAAAUUAAAGUCAUGUUGGAUUCUGUGAGUCCAAAUCCUGCAGGAUUCCUCCCAGAAGGGGUUUGACCGGCGGAUGUAGGAUUGUACCAAAAAAGUGCGGCUCGAGGAGCAGCUUAUUCAUGCAAAUUUAUCAAAUCAUAGGCGUGCCUUCGGGCGAUGGAGUCACAGACGGGAAAGCAAACCCCCCUCCUGGUUCAUCAGCCACCUUCAAAGACCGAGAUGCGAGGCGCGCGGACGCACUGACAGCAGCACCAGGGCUAAUGUUUUAAAGGGCUCAAAGACACAGAGGAGAAAGUUAGGAUUCGUUUUUUUUCUUCUUUUCUUCUGUUGACUGUCUGCAGUUCUUCUUCAACUUCCAUCAGCAGCUCCACGGCGGCGCCACCGAUCCAGCGGAUCUCCACGCGCAAGCUGAAACGCUCUGCAGCUACUCUAAUUUGCUUAUUUUUAAGUAAAAAAUUAUAUUUAACAUUUUAAGGCGUUUAAGGUGUCAUCUGGGCAUUUCGAAUACCAAGAGUUCUGACGCAGAUGAAGUUGCAGCUGCCUUUUUAAGACCCGAUUCCGUGCGUAAAGACGCAUCCGCUCAUUUGUCUCUACGUUGAAAUCCAUCAACUAGACAGAAAAAAGAAAUACGCCACACUUUUACAUUUUUUUUUUUUUUAAACCGCUGAGGAUUUUUUUUUUGUCACCAUGUCAGAGGACGGCGGAGGCUCCGGUCCCAGCUGCGUGUCCGAAACAGAGGGCAGCAACGUCAGCGUUCUCGGCUGGGAGCAAGUGCAGCGCCUGGACGCCAUUCUGACGGAGACCAUUCCGAUCCACGGCCGGGGAAACUUCCCCACCCUGGAGAUGCAGCCGCGCCAGAUCGUCAAAGUGGUGCGGAGCCGGAUGGAGGAGAAGCAGAUCCACGUCCGGGACGUUCGGUUAAACGGCUCUGCGGCCAGCCACGUUUUGCACGAGGACAGCGGACUGGGCUACAAGGACCUGGACCUCAUAUUUUGCGCGGACAUGAAAGGUGAAAGCGAUUUCCAGACUGUGAAGGACAUAGUUUUGGACUGUCUCCUGGAUUUUUUACCCGACUGUGUGAAUAAAGAGAAAAUAACCCCGUUGACGUUAAAGGAGGCGUAUGUGCAGAAGAUGGUGAAGGUGUGUAACGAAUCCGACCGCUGGAGUCUCAUCUCCCUCUCCAACAACCGGGGCAAGAACGUGGAGCUGAAGUUCGUGGACUCCCUCCGGCGGCAGUUCGAGUUCAGCGUGGACUCCUUCCAGAUCAAACUGGACUCGCUGCUCCUGUUCUACGAGUGCUCGGAGAACCCCAUGGCCGAGACCUUCCACCCCACCGUCGUGGGGGAGAGCGUGUACGGGGACUUCGGCCGGGCCCUGGACCACCUGCGCCACAAGAUCAUCUGCACCCGCAACCCGGAGGAGAUCCGGGGCGGGGGCCUGCUGAAGUACUGCCACCUGCUGGUGCGGGGCUUCCGGGCCGCGUCCGAGUCGGAGAUGAAGUCCCUGCAGCGCUACAUGUGCUCGCGCUUCUUCAUCGACUUCCCCGACAUCGGCGAGCAGCAGCGCAAGCUGGAGUCCUACCUCCAGAACCACUUCGUGGGCCUGGAGGAGCGCAAGUACGACUACCUGAUGACCCUGCACGAGGUGGUCAACGAGAGCACGGUGUGCCUGAUGGGCCACGAGAGGAGGCAGACCCUGGGGCUGAUCGCCAUGCUGGCCGUGCGCGUGCUGGCCGAGCAGAACGUCAUCCCCAACGUGGCCAACGUCACCUGCUACUACCAGCCCGCUCCCUACGUGGCCGACGGCAACUUCAGCAACUACUACAUCGCGCAGGUACAGCCGGUGUUCGCCUGCCAGCAGCCCGCCGCCUACUCCACCUGGCUGCCCUGUAACUGAGGCCGCCGCCUCGCCGAGAGGAGGAGGAGAUCUUUUUUUUCAACAGGAGGGGAGCCCCCUCAAACCUGCCGAGUGCAUUACAGAGUCUUCUGUUUGAUUGUUUUUGCUUUUAAAAGCUUCUAUUUUUAGGUCACGCGUUGAGCACGAACGGUCGCUCGACAAUCGGUGGCUCUUACUUUUAAGUGCUUAUUUCAGAGUGAACAUCAGCACAUUGUUUUUUUUUUAAGCAACACCAGCCUCACCUUAUCCGGUACCCAGGGCCAGCGGGGGGGUUCGGAAAAAGACAGAUUUUUUUGGGCAGCUUGGAAAGCGUGGGCUAAUUGCUGGUCAUUGAGCGUCCGAACUGUUACUGGAGCCGAAUGAGUCCGUCGACAACUGAUUAGCCAGCACGUCUAGUUCUGCCCACCAAGCUACUCCGGUGCUGCUUUCAGGGGGUUUGUAGAUCAGUGCCAACACACAUAAACACACACCCCUGGAUAAAACGAGAGGCGUGACGCGGCGCUGGGGGAAAAUGAGCGCCCUGCGUUCGGCUUUACGGCUUUACCGAACUGCCAGUUUUGGAUAUUGAUCAGGCAUCUCGACUUUGCAUUUGGAUAUGAUUCUGGUUGUUUACAGACCAAAGAUUUUUUUUUUUCUUUCUCAGAUUGUUUCUAACAUUAAAACCCCCCGUUUUGAUGGGGGGGAUGAAUAAAAACAUAUGAAGCCAUUGUAAUGUCUCUUUGUACAUACGGGCAUAUGUGUGUUUAUAAGUGCCUCCUGCUUAUCAGCGGUCACAGAGCGGAACGCGGGACCCCACUCUCACCUGCAGUCCAGCAACAGGCAGCGGUAUCCCAAAGGCUUAUGAAUGUAUAUGUGAACUCAUGUGCAGUCGGUAUUGGGAUGGAAAGGUGUGGAAUUUGCAUUAAAGUGUCAGUAAAACGUUUGAUUGAUGGUUCUUUGCGAAGUUUACAUUCUUCAUAUGAAUAUUUGGAAAAGUGAAUCCUUUUUCUUCUCCUCCGAGCGAUGUCCUGCUGGUGUGUCACCUGCUGGUGUGUCAUGUUGUGGCCAUGGCCAGAGGGGGACGUCUAGGCAAUUUUUCAGAUCAUCAGUAAUGAAUAAAUAUAAACGCGAUAUUUCCUGUAUAUUUUGUACAGCGGUGCUUCUUUCUUUCCUUACGCUUUCAUGACCGUUCUGAUGAUGACGAUGACAGCCAGAGAGAGGAGAGACAGAGUUUGGGUCUGAUACCG